CGUCCCGGACGGGAGGUAGGGUUUCAAGCCUAUGUCAGGAUUUGUCUUUGCUGCAACUAUAGCAGCCCAAUCAGAUUGCAGCAUUUCUGUGUCACGUCCGGUUGCGCAACCUCAAGCAAGGUAAAAUUGGUUAACACCCACUUCAGAAUAAUAAUAUUCAUAGAAUAAAAUGAUUAUUCAUAGCUGCUUAUCAGCGUGUUACAUAAUUGCAAGAAAAACCCUGACAUAGGCUUGAAACCCGACCUCCCGUCAGGGACAGUCGGGCUCCGCCCAACUAGUUCAAGACAUGGCAAGGUCAAAACAAACUUAUAACUUGAUACAUGUACGCAAGAUAAUUACAGGUAGAGUGGAGUUAAUGAGUUAAUGAGUUAAUGAGUUAAUGAGUUAAUGAGUUAAUGAGUUAAUGAGUUAAUGAGGUAUAAUGAGUUAAUGAGUUAAUGGUUUUAUGUUCAUUCCACAUUUAUUAGUGCAGUGUGAUGCAUUCAGCAUUGUGAUGCUGUGUGAUGCUGUGUGAUGCUGUGUGUAUUUGCUCAAACAGAAGCCCCUCAUGUCAUUAUUGUGCUGGUGAUUCAUUACGUGUAUAUAUGGUAACGUACUGGAGUUCGCAGAAUCUUUGCAACACGUGAAUAAAACUGUUGAAAGUUAUGCUUCCUUAUAUGGAAAAUUCUCCUAAAAAAGUAAAGUCCUAGUAAAAGAGACCACAUUGUGUACACAAGCAUAAUUAUUCCAUAUAAGGAGCGCAUAACGCUCAACGCAUUUACUGGUGCAUGUGUUAAAAAUUUGAUCUUGAUUUGGUAUAUCCUGUUUACUAUAUCAUGAUAUAUAUAUGAUAUUCCCCCUCAUAACCACAUUGUUUGAUCUUGAUUUGGUACCUGUUCCUAUAUCAUGAUGAUAUUCCCCCCAUAACCACGUCACAUUGUUUCAGUACCAGCAUUAGUAUGGCCUCUGCAGUUCAUAUAGUCAAGCAUUCUCUUGAUCUCUCAAAGCUACUACUCCAUGCAGCUAUGUGUGCAAAGACCCAGUCAACAGUUGCUCUCUUGCUCCUACUCAUAGGACAUGCUUGCUUUGGUUCAGAGCUCUCGUGUUCCUCAGUGACUCUCCCUUCCCGUACCUUCCUACCUCCACCAUCAUGGGCUAUCUUAGAGUGUACACUGGUGACCUCUCAUAACUUUACAGUAGAGUGGCGUACUCCCUCUGGCCUGAUAGUGACCUCUCCCACUGAUACCAACAGACUCUACACCAUUCAGAGCAGAAUAACUAACAAUGUCACUCAACUGACCCUCAAAAUAACUGGACUGUCUUAUCUAGAUGAGGGACGCUAUGACUGUAUUGUGGAGCAGGCACUCAGCACGACACUGCAGGGAGAAGCCCAACUGGAGCUGUUGACCUCUCUUAGUACUGGCUUGGAAACUGGGUUGGAAGUGAGUAAUCGUUUUGCUGAGAUGACUUGUGGGAUGAGUGGCUACCUUCGACCUGAGGAACAGUUAGGCUGGUACAAAGCUGACACCCAGGUAUUGAGCAGUGAUAGAGUAGACAUCAGCUUCCAAUCAGGUUUCUCAGGGACCACCUCUCCAGUAUCUGUGUUGAGGAUAGAGCCACUGACAGCCCAGGAUAUUGGACUGUACACUUGUAGACUCUCUGGGAGCUCUAUCACAUCACAACAGAUCUCCAUCAACACGAACUCUAUCAACACCAAGACAUCACAACAGAUCUCCACCAACUCCAACUCCAUCAACACCGUCAACUCCAACUCUAUCAACUCCAACUCCAUCAACACCAUCAAUUCCAACUGUAUCAACUCCAACUCCAUCAACUCCAACUCUAUCAACUCCAACUCCAUCAACACCAUCAACUCCAACUCCAACUCCAUCAACACCAUCAACUCCAACUCUAUCAACACCAUCAACUCCAACACAGGAGAUUCACCAGAUAUCUGUCCUACAACUUCACCAGACAACAUCAUUCUGCUCCCAGUGUUGGCAGUGGUCCUACUACUCUCGCUGCUCAUAACUUGCACAAUCAUACUCCUGGUACGACGGCGUUUCAAGAUCACUCAAGCCGAUAAUGAUGUCCCCAACGUGUCCUAUGGAGCCCACCCCCCAUCAGUGACAAUCCUGGAUAAAGAUAUCUCCACAAGCCCCAACGUGUCCUAUGGAGCCCACCCCCCCUCAGUGACAGUCCUGGAUAAAGAUAUCUCCACAAGCCCCAACGUGUCCUAUGGAGCCCACCCCCCCUCAGUGACAGUCCUGGAUAAAGAUAUCUCCACAAGCCCCAACGUGUCCUAUGGAGCCCACCCCCCAUCAGUGACAGUCCUGGAGAAUCAACUGUAUGAGUCUAUCUCAAGCAGGCAUCUAUAUAUACGAGGUGGCUGUCCGCCUGAUGACCUGCCUUAUGGGUAUUAUGUCAAUGAAGGGCUAGGACCUAACUAACUAACUAACUAACUAACUAACUGACUGACUCUUUAUAAUUAUUCUCCGCCAUUAAUUUGUGUACAAUUUCACAAGUACAAUAUUUCUUUUUUAAUUCAAAGACAAGAAAAGUAAUAAUUAUAAUGACAGUAUAAUUAUACAAUGCUCUGAUUUCUGUUCUAGUUCUCUAACUGCUGUGAUGUGUUUGUAGUUUCUGACAAUCCUUCUCUUCUUGAUAACCUUGUCCUGCUGUGAUGGCUGCCAGUCUCCCAAUGCCCUCACUCUGCGUUGUCUCUUGGACAGCAUCUUACGUAUCUUGUAGGGUGCCAGGCGACUUGGCUUCUUGACUGCUGACUCAGCAGAUUCUGUUCCUUCAAGUUGUCGCUUUGCUUCCCUCAAUGCAUUCUCCUGAGUCAGUACUGACA